UCAUCAUCAUCAUUGGUCAUCAAAAUGAAUAACAUGAUCGCCGAUUAUUGGAAUAUGAUUAAUGAUUCACAUCAUUUAUUAAUCAAUGUUUAUCCUGAAAUAUAUGAUCAUCAAUCAUCAUCAUCAUCAUUAUUUUUUUUAAAAUCAUAUUGGCAAUUAUUCGUAUUGAAUAAUUAUUGUCUAUCGGAAAUCAUAUCGAUAAUAUUGGGCAUUACAAUCAUUUCAAUUGCACGAAAAUUAUUAUUGAUCAAUAUCAUUGAUAAACUAUUACAACGUCGUUUAUUAUUGCGACAAGAUUAUAAUAAAUUUGCCAUAUAUUCAUGGGAAUUUCUUUUCUUCACCAUGACGGUUAUAAUAUCCGGUAAAAUUGUAUUAAUCGAUAAUCAAUGGCUACAACAGCCGGAAUUAUUCUGGACUGAUUUAUCCAUCGAUAAUAAUCAUCAUAAACAAAUGGCCACAAUGAUUAAAUUUUUAUAUAUAAUGGACAUUUCGAAUUAUAUUCAUUCUGCAUUUAUAAUCAUUUUUAAAGAAAAAACUUGGAAUCGAGAUUCACCACUAUUGAUCAUACACCAUAUUAUUGCUUGUUUAUUGUUGAUCACAUCAUAUAUGAUUCGUUCGUAUCGUAUCGGUGUGGCAAUGAUAUUCUUAAUGGAAACAAAUGAAAUAUUUUAUUUUAUACGUUGUAUAAUUAAAUUACAAUUUACCAUCAUACAAAAGUAUUCUAAUCAAUUACGAUUAAUUGGUUUUUCUCUAUUGACUUGUUCAUGGUUCUUGAAUCGUCUUUAUCUUUAUCCAUUGAUUCUGAUAAAAUCGGCAAUAGAAUUUGGAUCAACCAUCGAAUGUAAACAAUCACCGUGGCUUAUAAUCUAUGUUUUUAUCUAUUAUCUAAUGAUAAUCAUUUUGUGUUUCAAUAUUUAUUGGUCAAUAAUUUUAAUAAAUUCAAUCAUUCAUAUAUAUCGUAAUGGUUUGACGAGAAUUGAAGAUAUUCGUGAAUAUGAUUACAAUUGCAACGACAACAACAACGAUUUGGAUGAUGAUGAUGUUGAUGAUGACAUUAAAAACAAAAACAAAUAAAAACGACGAAAACCAUUGUCACAUUUUUUUCAUUAUCGAUAUAUAUCGGCAAAUACAUCCUGUGAAUGUUUGUUCGCAAUAAAAAAUUUUUUUUUGU